UUUGAGCCCAUUACGGUUGGCGCUAGAGGGAAACCGAGGAGGGGACGGCAGGAGAGGACAAGCUUUGGACUCCAUAUGUAGGAUCUUCAUAUUACGAAUUGACAUAGAAGGAGAAGGGUCGCCCAGGAUGGGGACUUCCCACCGGACAUUCCUGCUUCUAGACUGUCUUCUCACAGGACUGAGCCUCAUCGCCUGCCAGCUGUCCUUCCCCGACAUCCUUCCCAAUGAAAACGAGAAGGUGGUGCGGCUGAAUUCAUCUUUUGCUCUGCGCUGCCAGGGGGAGAAUGAAGUGAACUGGCUGUACCCCUCGUCCUUGGACGAGGACGAUGUGGAAAUCAGAAACGAGGAGACCAACACUGGCCUUUUUGUGAAGGUGCUGGAAGUGGCUAAUGCCUUUGGAGCCCACACGGGCAAGUACACUUGCUACUACAACCAAACCUAUAUGGAUGAGAGUGAAAUCAGAGGACGCGUUAUCUACAUCUAUGUGCCAGACCCGGAUGUAAUCUUCGUGCCUCUAGUACUGACAGAGUAUUUUGUUAUUGCGGAUGAAGAUGGCACCUCCAUCAUCCCUUGCCGUACAACCGACCCUGAGACUCCCGUCACCUUACUUGGCAGUAAUGGGGUGGUUCCUGCAUCGUACGACAGUAGACAUGGCUUUAAUGGCACCUUCCCUGCUGGUACCUACAACUGUGAGGCCGUGAUCAGAGGGAAGCCUGUUCGGACCCUCUCAUUUAACGUUUAUAUUUUUCCAGCAGCACUGGAUCUCGAGCUAGAGAUGGAAGCUCUGCAGACAGUCUAUAAGUCAGGAGAAACAGUGGAAGUGAAAUGCAUCAUCCUUCACAACGAAGUGGUUGACCUUAAGUGGACAUACCCUGGGCAAACAAAAGGCAAAGGCAAAUUAAAUCUAGUGGAAACCAAAGAUCCGAUCAUGAAGUUGACGUAUACUCUGACAGUUCAGAAGGCUUCUGUGAAAGAUAGUGGAGAGUAUGAAUGUGUCGCCAGCCACGCCACCAAGGAGGUCAAAGAAAUAAAGAAAGUCACCAUUUCAGUCUACGACAAAGGCUUUGUGGAAAUCACCCCCAACAUCAGCCAGUUGGAAACUGUCAAUUUGCAUGAAAUCAAGCCUUUUGUGGUGGAUAUACAGGCCUACCCUCCUCCCAGAAUAUCCUGGCUCAAAGACAACCUGACUCUGAUCGAAAACCUCACAGAGAUCACCACAGACGUAGAAAAGAUCCAGGAAAUAAGGUAUCAAAGCAAAUUAAAUCUGAUCCGUGCUAAGGAAGAAGACAGUGGCCACUAUACUAUCAUAGUUCAGAAUGAGGAUGAUGUGAAAAACUAUACUUUUGAACUCUUAACUCAAGUUCCUGCAUUGAUUCAGAACCUGGCUGAUGACCACCAUGGCUCCACAGGGGGACAGACUGUGAAAUGCAUGGCCAGAGGGAUGCCUCUUCCUGAGAUUGAGUGGAUGAUUUGCAAGGAUAUUAAGAAAUGCAAUAAUGAGACCUCAUGGACAGUUUUGACCAACAAUAUCUCAAACUUCAUCAUGGAGAGCUUUCCCCGAAACAGGAGUACUGUGGAAGGCAGAGUGACAUUUGCCAAAGUUGAGGAGACCAUUGCUGUGCGCUGUGUGGCUAAAAAUCUCCUGUGGACUGAGACUCGAGAGCUGAAGCUGGUGGCUUUCACUCUGCGUUCUGAGCUCACAGUGGCUGCUGCAGUCUUGGUGCUGUUGGUGAUUGUGAUCAUCUCACUUAUUGUCCUGGUUGUCAUUUGGAAGCAGAAACCAAGGUAUGAAAUUCGUUGGCGGGUUAUCGAAUCUAUCAGCCCAGAUGGACAUGAGUAUAUCUAUGUGGACCCAAUGCAGCUGCCUUAUGACUCAAGAUGGGAGUUUCCAAGAGAUGGACUUGUACUUGGUCGGAUACUGGGAUCUGGUGCCUUUGGAAAAGUGGUUGAAGGAACUGCUUAUGGAUUAAGCCGGUCCCAGCCUGUCAUGAAAGUAGCAGUAAAGAUGCUAAAACCUACAGCUAGAUCCAGUGAAAAGCAAGCUCUCAUGUCAGAACUGAAGAUAAUGACUCACUUGGGGCCGCAUUUAAAUAUUGUCAACUUGCUGGGAGCCUGUACCAAAUCAGGCCCCAUUUACAUCAUUACUGAGUAUUGCUUCUAUGGGGAUCUGGUCAACUAUUUACAUAAGAAUAGGGACAGCUUCCUGAGCCACCACCCAGAGAAGCCAAAGAAAGAGCUGGACAUCUUCGGAUUAAACCCUGCUGAUGAAAGCACACGGAGUUAUGUCAUCUUAUCUUUUGAAAACAAUGGUGACUAUAUGGACAUGAAGCAGGCAGACACUACACAAUAUGUGCCCAUGCUGGAGAGAAAGGAGGUGUCUAAAUACUCAGACAUCCAGAGAUCCCUGUAUGACCGUCCAGCUUCCUACAAGAAGAAAUCUAUGUUAGAUUCAGAUGUCAAAAACCUCUUAUCAGAUGAUAAUUCAGAAGGCCUUAGUCUGUUGGAUUUAUUGAGCUUUACCUAUCAAGUUGCUCGAGGAAUGGAGUUUUUGGCUUCAAAAAAUUGUGUCCACCGGGAUCUGGCUGCUCGAAAUGUCCUCCUUGCUCAAGGGAAAAUUGUAAAGAUCUGCGACUUUGGCUUGGCCAGAGACAUCAUGCAUGAUUCGAACUACGUGUCAAAAGGCAGUACCUUUCUCCCUGUGAAGUGGAUGGCUCCAGAGAGCAUUUUCGACAACCUCUACACCACACUGAGUGACGUCUGGUCUUAUGGCAUUCUGCUCUGGGAGAUCUUCUCUCUAGGUGGCACACCCUACCCUGGCAUGAUGGUGGAUUCAACUUUCUACAAUAAGAUCAAGAGUGGCUACAGGAUGGCCAAGCCUGACCAUGCCACCAGUGAAGUAUAUGAGAUCAUGGUGAAGUGCUGGAACAGUGAGCCAGAGAAGAGACCCUCAUUUUACCACCUCAGUGAGAUUGUGGAGAAUCUGUUGCCUGGUCAAUAUAAAAAGAGUUAUGAAAAGAUUCACCUCGACUUCCUCAAGAGUGACCAUCCCGCUGUGGCACGCAUGCGUGUGGACUCAGACCACUCUUACAUCGGUGUCCCCUACAAGAACGAGGAAGACAAGCUGAAGGACUGGGAGGGCAGUUUGGACGAGCAGAGGCUGAGCGCAGACAGUGGUUACAUCAUCCCAUUGCCCGACAUUGACCCUGUUCCUGAGGAGGAAGAGGAAGAUGAAGAGGAAGACCUGGGCAAGAGGAAUAGACACAGCUCACAAACCUCUGAAGAGAGUGCCAUUGAGACAGGCUCUAGCAGUUCUACAUUCAUUAAGAGAGAGGAUGAGACAAUUGAAGACAUCGAUAUGAUGGAUGACAUUGGCAUAGACUCCUCAGACCUGGUAGAGGACAGUUUCCUGUAACACACCUUCCACCUCUGGAGCUACCUGGAAUCCCUGCAAGAAAACCACUUUAUUGCAAAUGCAAAAUUUGAGAGGACUUGGAUGAUGUGUUAAAAGAAGUUCCCUACCAAGGACCUCAGGGAGCUUUUUAAACAUGAAUGAGUGGAAUAUUUUGAAUUGAACUUUUCCAGCAUUGCCUCUUGCAAUGCUUCAGUAGCAUCUCAGCGGAGUGUAAAGUUUGAUGGUAGAUGGACAAGGAAAUAAUAGGCCACAGAAGACAAACUGGCUUUCAAGGACAUUGGUGAGAAUCCAACGUAAUGUAAUUUUUACUACAACAAAUUUCCAGCCUUGUAAUUAUGUAAAUAACUCUAACCAAGGAUGUUUUUAGAUUUGUAUUAACUGUCUUCUCGGGACUUGUGAAGAGACCACUCAAUUCAUCCAUGUACUUCUGCUUAAAACUUGGUAUCAGCUGCUGUUGAAUUUUAAGAAGUACAUACAAAACCACUUUUGAACCUUAAAAGGUACUGGUACUAUAGCAUUUUAACUUUUUUGUGUGUGUGUUAAAAAAGAUUAAAACAUAAUAACUAGCCAACCUUGUUUAAUAGAUUUGGGUUUAGAGACCCAAAACCCCUUUUUAUAUUGUAAUCUAUGUUUAUAAUAAUACUACUGUUAUCAGUAAUGCUAAUGUGUAAUAUCUAACACGUUUUUCCCUACAGAGAAAGCACAAUUAGAAAAAAAUUCUUACUAAGUAGGUGACAAUUUUGACAGUUUUUGACAUUUAUAUUAAAUAACAUAUGCUUCUCUAUAAAAUAUGGUAAUAGCUUUAGUGGAUUAAAUUUAGUUGAACAUAGAGAACAAGUAAAAGUAGUGUCUUCCAGGAAGUAAAAAUUUUUAAUGGUGUCCUAAUAUGGAAAACAGUAUGUACUGAAAACAAUGAACUUCCCUCUCAAGUAAUGGGAUUUGAAGCAAACAAAACUAAUAAUCCUAAAAGUUCUCAAUCAAUAUAAAGGCAUAAUUAUAUUAUAUCCGACAAUAUUUCCCAUGUUUUCCCAAUGGGAAACGUAAUUCUCAGAAAAAAUACUGGUGGACCCCAACAUAUGGAUGUAUCAUAAUUCUACAAACCCUGACCUGAAAGUGUCAGAAGGAUGCCUGCAGAUUCUGAAAGAUGAAAUUGGAGAUAGAGAAGGAUAGGAGCAGAAAUCUGUAUUUUUGUAAACUUCCUGAUCAGGUGUGAAAAGCUAGCAUUGGUGGUGGGAAGUUGCUGUGAAAAAAGAGGAAAAAAAACAGUUUGUAAUUUGGCGAUGGGUUAGAAUCCAACCAUGCAGAAAGCAGGCUUUUUAACCCUUGGCUUCAGAUCACUGACCUUUAAUAAUGUCUAUCUAGCAAUUGCUACUCUAGCAUUAUUGAGCUGCCUAUUCUUAGCUAAAGCCCUGAAAGUGAAGCCUUGCUUUCACAGUGAAGUUUCUGCUUCCCUUAGCCUGGGUGAACUGAAUUUCUCUGCCUCCCCCAGACUUCUUUGCUCAGGCAAAGAUAGAGACAGAAAUGAUGCUAUCCAACAUGCCCAGUUUCUGUAUAGUCAUUUUGUAUUUACAUUCUUAUGUAAAACAAAAAGGAUUUACUAAAAUUGGGGGUAGGGAGGUGAGAUAGUAAAACACAUGGCCACAUUUAACCAAACUAUCAGAAGGGUUGGUGCAAGCUCAUUGGCAUUCUUUGCAAUACUGCUUCAUUGCUGGUACCCCAUGAAUGAAACAUGUGCUGUGAUUAUUGCAAUCACGGUGUAUGCUCUUGGCAGGUGAGGCUUUGGAAGAUGGAGAAGCAAUAACAAGGUACUUGACUGCAUACUGGUGUUGACUCAAUGCAAGACCCAACUUUGCUAUCUAGCUUUUCAUACUUAGUGUGAAGACUGAGCCAGAUUGGCCAAUUAAAAAAGAAAACCUGACUAGGUUCUGUAGAGCCAAUUAAACUUGAAAUGCAUUUGUAUUUCUGGAAUCACAGCUCAAGCAUUCUGUUUAUCGCUUGCUCUCUUGUACAGCCUUCUUUAUGUGGGUGCUUAGCAUUUUGAUGUUUCUUUGAGUCUGGAGUGACAUUAUGAAACUGGCUGAGAAUUCUCAGGCCAGCAGGUUCCAGUCUUUACAAACAUUUCUACCUGGUUUUAUGUGAUUGUAAUUGAUCCUUUUUUUAAAUGAUGUUUCCAGAGUAUCACAGAUUUGUUUCCUCUUGUGCAAAGUCCCCAGAUGAAAAAUUCCCAGUCGUUCCUACUUUGAAUAUCUAUGAAGACAAUCAAAGUUGGCCUGAGUAACAUAAUUUCUAAUGUUCUAAAUCAUCAAUGAUGUCCUUAAAAUGUGGUCUGCCAAUCUGUACAAAAUGGUCCUAUUUUUGUGAAGAGGGACGGAAGAGAAAAUGAUGUUAUACAUCGAUAUGUAUAUAUGUAUUUCUAUAUAGACUUGGAGAAUACUACCAAAACAUUUAUGACAAGCUGUAUCACUGCCUUUGUUUAUAUUGUUUAACUGUGAUAUUCCCCACAGGCACAUUAACUGUUGCACUUUUGAAUGUCCAAAAUUUAUAUUUUAGAAAUAAUAAAGAGAAAAAAUACAUUUUGCCCCAAAUCAUUAGUGUGGUGAAUGUGUGAGAACUCAACUUCAUAGAAAAGUUCUACCAACUCAAAAUGUAUUGGAAAUGGCCCUGUUCUCGUUUUUGUUUUAAAAUGUGUAAAUGAAAAUCUUUAUAUUUCAAUAAAUGAUAUAUGUAAUUUAAA